AUGGGGGGUUGGAAUGGACAACGAAUCACGAUCACGAAGCAGAUGCAAUUGGCAGUUUUGGAAACACUGUGCGAUGAAUGCGUUAAGAUUCUACUAAAAGACUUUAAUGAUACAGGUAAAUGUCAAAUUCCCUAAACGAGUGUGUAAAGUUGGAUCGAUGCCUGCUCCAUCGCUAUGUGUACUCCUGCUAACUCGCUGCCUAGUGUUACAACCUCCCUUCUACUCGUGUCUCAACACCAUGAUCUAUGCUCUAAGCACGGGGGUUUUGACCGUUCUUGGAACCAGACUUCUGUCCUUGCUGGCCCUGCUGUCCUUGCUGGCCCUUUUGGCCUUGCUGGCCGUGUUGAGGAGAAGCAGAGGAGGAGUGAGCAGCAGAAGAAGUCUUGAUAGUGGAGGAACGACCCUUGCCCUUGGUGACGGUAGAAGAAGCGACAACUGAAGAGGCUGCGGAUGAAACGACAACGGACGAGGCUGCGGAUGAAACGACAGUAGUGAGCGUGGAGCCAACAGCUGUG